AUGGCUAAAGGAGGUGUGACCAAGCGUGGAAAGGACCCCAAUGCUCCAAAGCGUGCUAUGUCCGCGUUUUUCUUGUGGAUGCAGGAAAACCGCCAACGCCUGAAGAAGCCGGGAAUGAGCGUUGCUGAUGUUGCCAAAGCCGCCGGCGUGGAAUGGGGCAAACUCCAAGACAAGAGCGAAUGGGAAAAGAAGGCCGAAAACGACAAGAAACGAUAUGAAAAGGAGUUGGCUGCCUACAAGAAGGGCCAGUAA